UCUCCGCACAAAUACAUGUACAUCAUUCACUCUUUCUCUCUCUCAUAGUAGCACACAGUUUCGACUCAGAGAGAGGGGAAUCUUUCUCGCUCUCUCUACGUAUUAGCAUCGUUAUUGAAUUCAAUCUUCGAGCUCGAGCUGCUGGCACCUGAAUCAGUUGAGCUGUAAGGAGAUCGCCGAUUGCGUGUAAUUGCACGCAAUGGGUUGCGCUGGAUCGCGGGAGAAAGGAACUGGUGCUUGUAACUUUAGUCAAAAAAGAUACGAAAACCCAAAGCAUGGAAGCACUCAGAGCCAAUAACUCGAGAGCAACUGACAUAGAUGCGUGAGGAGUUCUGGGACACUUCUCCACAUUAUGGUGGCCGUAAAGAAAUCUGGGAUGCGCUCCGAGCAGCAGCAGAAGCCGACUCCACCCUUGCACAAGCAAUCGUGGACAGUGCGGGGGUCAUCGUUCAAAACCCCGACUUGACAAUAUGCUAUGAUGAGAGAGGUGCGAAGUAUGAGCUGCCCAAGUAUGUUUUGAGUGAGCCUACAAAUAUGGUCCAUGAGAACUGAAACAGAACCUGUGCUAAGACUGUAUAUUUUGUAAAUUGGUUUCUUUGUCCUUUUAUUUCAACUUCUCUUUUUCUUUUUUAUUUUUGUUGAAUCCUACAGUAUGAAGCUGGUUAGAGUUAUACUUUAAUUUUUGAUUAA